UAUCUACAGACUGAGCGCAGCGCCUACGUCAUGUGGCCCUACCUCAUCUCCGUUUACGGCAUGGGCAUUGGUAAGCAGUUCGAGGCUUUCAAUUACGAUGCACCGGCACUAAUAUGUCUGUUUCUUAGCUACCACCUACGCCAUGGGCCGUAUGGUCUUCGUAAGUGUUCUCCUCAAACUGCCACUCCCUGGCGGGGAUCCAGUGGAUCAUCGAAUUGUCUAAUGCUAAUUCUUAUACAGGGCCACAAGACCUGGUUCGGCAAAGAGUAAAUGCAAUCUUCGCCAACUUGUCAACUUCUCGUCACGGCUUCUUGGCUUCAAUUGGCGGUGUA